GGAAGUUGUCGUUUGCGAGCCGACAAGCUAUGAAAACAUAUAAGAAAAUGGGUUUUAAAUGCAUCGAAUGUAACGAGGAAGCUUCUGAGUUAUACCGAGACUACAGUAACGGCAUAGUGAAAAUAACAAUAUGUAAAUUGUGUGCAAAGCCUGUGGAUAAGUACAUCGAAUAUGAUCCUGUCAUCAUUCUCAUAGAUGCCAUCUUGUGUAAAAUCCAGGCUUUCAGACACAUUCUGUUCAACACCCAGAUCAACAUCCACUGGAAGCUGUGUGUUUUCUGCCUGCUGUGUGAAGCUUAUCUCAGAUGGUCUCGGCUCCAGAGUUCAGAGGUCACCGGCGAUCCUGCUGACAUCAUCAGAUACACCAAAGAAUGGGACUUUUAUGGGAUGUUUGCUCUGGCUGCUCUCGAGCUGGGUGUGUACUGUGCAGGUGUGUUAGUAGUGUUAUGGUGUGUACAGAAGCUGUACAGCGUGUGUGUAGAGACAUCUGACCUACUGAAGGCUCUGCUGCUCUCCUCUUACGGCAAAGUGCUGCUGAUUCCAGCCGUCAUCUGGGAGCACGAUUACUCUCCACUCUGCUUCACCCUCAUCCGAGUGUUCGUGCUCACGUCUAACGCGCAGGCCGUCCGGGUGAUCCUGAACUGCCGCAGACGUCUCUCCGUCUUCGCAGUGUGUGUGGGUCUGCUGGUAGAACUGUGCAUCUCACACGCUUUACACACGCUGAAGCCGAGCUCACACGCGCUCCUGCCUGAGCUCUACACGUGAAGGUGAAGACGUGGGAUACGAGAGAAACGUGUCUUUGACAGUGACGUGAACAUGUCUUGUUUUCCUCUUACACACACUUUGAGGAAUAGAAGGAGAGAGAGAGAGAGA